GGCAGGAAGGAGAUACAGACACCGGAAGUAGGACGUUUCGUCACUGUAGUGGGGAAUUCAAACUUCGACAACAGGACGUAUAUUACUAAUACAAAGUAUAUAUUUACCCACAUUCGUGAUAACGUUUGCUUUCUUCACUAUAUCCAAGUUUUUUAAAAGUUUUUUUUAUUUAAGCUGGAAGGUUGUGUUUUCGGCGAGAUGCCCAUGGACAGCGCGGCGGAACUCCUCACGUACUAUGAAGUCUACGAGACCAUCGGCUCCGGAGGCUUUGCUAAGGUCAAGCUGGGUCGCCACAUCCUGACUGGAGAGAAUGUGGCCAUUAAAAUCAUGGAGAAGAAGGAACUGGGGGAGGACCUUCCUCGUGUGAAGGUGGAGAUAGAGGCCAUGAAGAGUCUGAGCCAUCAGCAUGUCUGUAGACUGUACCACGUUAUAGAGACUAAUACCAAGAUAUACAUGAUCCUGGAGUAUUGUCCAGGAGGAGAGCUGUUUGACUACAUCAUCGCUAAGGACCGUCUGUCUGAAGAGGAGACAAGAGUGUUCUUCAGACAGAUCGUUUCGGCGCUGGCCUACGUCCACAGCCAGGGGUACGCCCACAGAGACCUGAAACCGGAGAACUUGUUGCUAGAUGAAGACCACAACCUGAAACUGAUAGACUUUGGUCUCUGUGCCAAACCCAAGCCUCAUCACAGUCUGUCUUUUAUAGGGGGUCUGGGAUAUGAGCUGAUGACCUGUUGUGGUAGUCCAGCCUAUGCCGCUCCAGAACUCAUCCAGGGGAAAUCCUACAUCGGCUCUGAGGCUGAUGUGUGGAGUAUGGGCGUACUGCUGUUUGCUCUGCUGUGUGGAUAUCUGCCCUUUGACGACGACAACUGUAUGGUUCUCUACAGGAAAAUCACUAGAGGUACAUACAACAACCCUCACUGGCUGUCUCCUGGGAGCAUCCUGCUGCUCAACCAGAUGAUGCAGGUGGAUCCUAAGCAUCGUGUGACCAUCAAACAACUCCUAGACCACCCCUGGAUGACGUCUGGCUAUGACAGCCCUGUGGAGUGGCACAGCAAGCAACCUUUGGGUUAUAUAGAUGAGGACUGCAUCACUGAGAUGUCCGUCAACCUGAAGAACUCCAGGCAGAGCAGCCUACAGCUGGUCAAUGAGUGGAAGUACGACCAGACCACUGCCACCUACCUGUUGCUACUCUCUAAGAAACAGAGAGGGAAACCUGUCCGGAUCAGGCCUCAACUUCCUGUCUGUGAUGUCAUAUCCUGUUCACCUCAACACCUGGGAGUACAGAGAGCGACCUGUCCGUCAGCUGAAAAGAGGCGGGAUCAAACGAACCACGCCCCCACUCCGAAGAAGGAGCCAAUCACACACCACUGUCGCCAGGAGAGGCGGGGCCUGGAACGGACCAAUGAAAACAAAGAGAACGUUGCCGUGGCCAAUAAGGAUGCUGAUAUAUUUGCUUUGCCCGCCCCCCGAACCCCAGUAGCCAAUAGGAAGGCGAAUCGGCCCAAUAAGAGGGUCUUGACUACACCAACCCAUAAUAACACCAACAAGGUUGGCAACAGGGUAGACACACCCCAAGGAGGAGGCGGCAGUACUUGCAAGGACCCGUCGAGGAAGAGACAGAGGGAGAGAGUGGAAAGAAAGGAGGAAGAAGAGAUGGAGAUGCUGACCUUCAGCCCAGAGAGAAGGUCCCGGUCGUUAGACCUGGCGGGGGCGUCUCGGGGGGACAGCGGCCAGAAGAGGAAGGGCGGUAAGGUAUUCGGCAGUCUGGAGAGAGGGCUGGAUAAAGUCAUCACCAUGCUCACACCCAGCAAGAGACGAGGGCUACGGGACGGACCACGCAGGAUCAAGGCCCAGUAUAAUGUAACAUUGACCAGUCAGACCAACCCGGACCAGGUGUUGAACCAGAUCCUCUCCAUUCUACCGGAGAAACACGUCGACUUCGCACAGAAAGGCUAUACUCUGAAGUGUCGUACCCAGGGGGACUUUGGGAAGGUCACCAUGGCUUUUGAGCUGGAGGUGUGUCUGCUGCACAGACCUGAGGUGGUGUGUGUGAGGAGACAGAGGCUGAAGGGAGACUCCUGGGUUUACAAACACCUGGUGGAGGACAUUCUCUCUACUUCCAGCAUCUAGACGUCACUACUUCCUGUUGAUGUCACAUCAUGUCCACGUCCAGCACUUAAAGCAGGUGUCUUGAACUAAUUCCAUGUAGGGCAGAGUGUCUGCAGGUUCACUCUUCCCUUGUACUUAAUUGAUGAAUUAAGGUCACUGAUUAGUUAGGACCUCCCCUCACCUGGUUGUCUAGGACCUCCCCUCACCUGGUUGUCCAGGACCUCCCCUCACCUGGUUGUCCAGGACCUCCCCUCACCUGGUUGUCUAGGACCUCCCCUCACCUGGUUGUCCAGGACCUCCCCUCACCUGGUUGUCCAGGACCUCCCCUCACCUGGCACAAAUCAAAAAGUAAAAUAACUAAAACCAGCAGAUAUCUGCCCUCGGUGGAACGAGUUAGACACCUUCUGAUCUAGAAGCACAGAUCUGGGAACAGUCUCCAUUUCCUCAACCUUAACUAGUGUAACUAUAACUAGUAGGGGGGGAUCGACAUGGAAAACUGACCUGAGAUCAGUGUCACGUUUUAUAAGAUUACAACUUCCUGUCUUUUACAUGUGACAUUCCUUUCCUCCUUAAACAUGUUUCCUUUUAAGUGUGUCACGUUUUAUUUCCUCCCCCCUGAUUCAGUAGCAGGAAGGAGUUUUGAGGUGUUACGAAAUCAUAGACCUUUUUAGCUUCACAGAAUAAUAGUUUACUGAAAGCAUGAAUUCUUUACAGAAUAAUAGUUUACUGAAAGCAUGAAUUCUUUACAGAAUAACAGUUCAAUGAAAGCAUUAAUACAACUUUGUUUGUUUGUACAUAUACCAGUAAUAGGAUUCCCAAUUUACUUGUUUCUCUAUCAUGUCUUUUACUUUUGUAGGAGAAAUGUUGUUUUAACUAUAUAGUAUGUUUUCUGUCUGUACGAGAUGAUUUAUGUUAAUAACGCUUUGUAAAGGAACAAAAUAAAUGGAGUUUGAAGAGAGUUUG